AUCUUCCUUAGGCUCCUUCCUCCCAUCACUAUUGCCCAUCGUCUUCUGCUCGUAUACGAGCAGAGACACGACAAUUCGCCAUGACUACCAGACAGGCCCUCACGGCCAUGCUACCCUCCCUCCAGGACAAGUUCAAGUCCACAGACCUCGACCUUCGUGUCAUUGGCCUCACAGAUCUUAAUAAGGAGCUGGAACGGAUUAUUGCGCUCAACAACGCUAGCUCCCGACAGAGCGGCAAAGGCCCCGAACCUUACGCUGCUGAGGCGGCCGAGAAGACGCUCACCGAGAGUGUCCUCGCCCUGCUGUAUGACGAGAUUUCAGAGGUCAAGAACGCGGCGGUGCGCUCCCUCGCCAACAUGGCCUCCCGCGCGCGUCCCACGUACCUGCGCCAGAUCAUAACCACCUUGACCGACGGCAUCGACCAGACAGGUGCACGGGAAGUUAACGAGGAGAACCGAGACAUCUCCUGCAUGGCUCUCAAAUCCGUGGUGGCGAGCAUGUCGACUGACGGCGAGGCAACGGUCCUCUGUUUGAGCACGGUUCUCACGACGAUCCGCAAUAACGUCACGCAUGCCAAUGCCAACCCCCAACUCGCGUCGGAAUUGCUCCAGAUUCUCACGGACGUGUACCAGCGGUUUCCGCUGGCGAUCGCUCAGUCCAAGGAGCUGCAGGCACUCUCGGUCGAAUUGCUGAAGGAGGUGUUCACAUAUCCCAAACUGUCGGUGCGGAAGCGCGCUGUUCCGCCUCUCGCUGCGUUCAUCUCUGUAUGCCCCGGCCAGUUUGACGCGUUCAAGGACGACAUGAGCAAGGGUUUCACAAAGGGGGGCGCCUCCGCCAAGGCUUGGGUUGCGGCUGUGUCGGGAUUGGCGAAGACACCCUCAUCUCCGGAGGUUGGCGCACUUGUCGCCAACAACGGCCUCGCCGAUAUCAUCAUGGAGCAGACGGAUAAUUUGGAGGACACCGAGGCGGUGGAGGGUGCUCUCACCGCCUUGGAAGUUCUUCUUUCACGUUGCCCCAAGGAAAUGUCGGGCUCGGUUUCCCCGAUCCUCAACCGCUGCAUGGAGCUGGUCAAGUACGAUCCUAACUACGUUGAUUUUGACGACGACGAAGACGUCGAUAUGGACGACGACGCAUUUGACGACGAUGAGGACGAGUUUGACCAGGGAGAAUAUACCGACGACGAGGACGACUCGUGGAAGGUCCGCCGUGGUGCCGCCAAGGUCCUCGAAGCUCUAAUCAACACGCGCUCAGACCUCCUUGCCGAGUUCUAUCGGAUCGUGGCCUUACCUCUCAUUGCUCGCUUCAAUGAACGUGAGGAGAGUGUGCGUCUGGAGGUCCUGGAGGCGUUUGAGGCACUUCUCCGCCAAACCGUCAAUACUCGUCCCAAUGACCGUUACGGCAGUGCCCCAAACAAGCGCAAGCGUCCCAGCAACGACGGGAUGGAUCAGGAUGGCGAGAACUCACCCGUUGUUGCUCUACAGGAAAUCCGUCCUCAGCUUGUCAAGGCUACUCUCAAGCAGGCCAGCGCAAAGACUGUAAACGCUCGCCAGCAGAGUUUCAUUCUCCUUCGUGGGCUUGUCGAGGCACUGGAAGGCGGGUUGGACAAUGAGGCAGACGCCAUUUGCAACAGCUCCGCAGCCGCCCUGCGCUCCUCGGACAGUACAACUUCCUCCUUCACCAUCGCCGUCCUCACCUUCCUCACUUCCUUCUUCAAUCACCACGUUGGCCGGAGCUAUGCCUCUCAUCUUGACGAGCUCACCAAGCUAGUGGUCCGUUGCAUGCGGGAUAAACAGCAGCGCGUCAAUUUCGAGGCCUUUGCCGCCGCUUCGGCCCUCGCCGGCAGCAUCCGCCCUCUUCACCGCGGUGCCGCAUCUCCGCUCCGCCAAGGCUUUGACGGCCCGGUCAAGGAAAUUUUCAGGGCGACGACCAGCGUGCUCGGGGACAACUCAGUUGACGGCGACGUGCGCGAGAGGGCUUUAAUUACCCUGGGUGACCUUCUGCUACAUGAAGGUGAUGCCCUGUCGGACCGCCUCGGCGAGGCCCUUCCACUCAUCUCGGCUCGUCUCGACAGCGAGAACACUGCUGCGACCGCCGUCGAAGUGGCUGGCCAGGUCGCCGCCUGCCCCCUCUGCUCAGGCCCCGCAUUCAAUCAGUGGCUCUUGGACAUCCUCAGUAGAGUCAUUCUCUACAUCCGUCGUAACAAGAAUUCAGUGUCGAAGGUCAACGAGUUUACCACGAUCCAGAGCAUUCUCCUGCGCCUCGGCGGCAGCCUUCCUGAGGGGGUUGCUUCAGACGUUAUUGUCGAGCUCACUCCAUUCCUCGACCAGGCAUCCGCUCUGGAGAUUAUCGCCAACGUCCUCGCCAGCCAACCCGCCACCCGUGCAACUGUUGAGAAGCACGUCCUCCCGCAUAUUAUGGUCGCCAUCAAAACCGCCAACACCGCCGCAACCAUUGAUGCUCUUGUCCAGUUCUUUGGGGCCUAUGUGGACGGUGAUGUGGACUGCUCGCUUCGCUUAGUGCCCCAGCUCGUCCUCAAUGUUGCCCAGGACAAAACCCUGGCUGGGGCUUCGCUGGGGACCACUGCUGCGUUCUCGACCACUGCCAAGUGCAUCGGCACGGUGGUGUAUCACAGCGAGCGCAACCUCGCGGGUAUCCUUGUGACGUUUGAGAACUCCUUGAAGUCCUCGCGUGCACUCCCGACAGAUGUCUACCUAGCGCUGCUGAGUAUUGGAGAGAUUGGCCGCCUCAACGACCUCACCGUGAACGCCGAGCUGCUGCAGCGCAUCAUUCGCUUCUUCAGGCAUGACAACGAGGAUAUCCGGAGUGCUGCUGCCUUUGCGGCAGGUAACAUGGCCGUUGGCGCCCCUGACACCUACCUCCCUGUACUCGUGCGCGAUAUUGAGGUGGUCCAGGACCAGGCAAUUCGCCUCCUGCUUCUCUACUCGCUCAAGGAGGUCAUCAUGCACUCCUCCACCGGCCAGCUGGAGAAGUUGGCUGAUUACUUCUGGAAUCCUCUGUUUGGCCAAGAGACGGCGCAGGACUACGACGGUAUCAGAAACAUCAAGGCGGCGUGCAUUGGAAAACUUACGAUUGCGGACUCGGCUCGCUUCGUCCCUCAGCUUCAGAACAUGCUUAGCGGCGACGCUCAGCAGCGAGCGCUGCUUGCGGCGUCACUGCGCUACACUUUCAUCGACACGUCAGCAGCGUACACUGAGAUGAUCGCUCCUCUCGUUGGCGACUUCUUGUCGUUGAUGAAUGACGCGGAACCCGUAGUCCGUCGUUUGGCUGUCGCUGCGCUCAACGCCGCUGCUCAAAACAAGCCAAGCCUCAUCUCGGACAAGCUCAGCACGCUUCAGCCCUUCCUGUACAAGGAAACGGAGAUCAAAGAGGAGCUGCAGCGUUAUGUCCAGAUGGGUCCUUGGAAGGUGCUGGAGGACGAUGGACUAGAGAACCGCAAGACGGCGUACGAAACAAUGUACACCCUCCUCGCGACUUGUUUCGCGAAAAUUGACCUGCCUUCUUUCACCGACCGGGUGCUGGCGGCGCUCCGCGAUGUGAACGAGAUCAAGGUACUAGGCCUUAUGCUGUUGCUCCGUUUGGCGGAGUUGGCGCCGGCCAUCGUCAAGCCGCACCUCGACGGCGUUGUUGAAGCACUGCGCGCGAUCAUGAAGGAUCUUGAGGUCAAGGAGGACACCAUCAAGCAGGACCUUCAGCGCAAGGAGGAGAUCCAGCGCUCGACAAUGCGCACCAUUACCCCGCUUUUCCACAUGACCUCGGCUGCGCAGGCGCCGGCUUUCCAUGCCUACGUCGCAUCGCUUCUCAAGAGCGACCAGUGGAAGGAGUUCCGAGAGUACCAGGGCUAA